AUGUUUGAGAAGAAUAUCCGCUCGGCAAGAAGUAUUUCGCACAUAGCAAGAGGAAACGUAGACCCAGACGAUAAAGAGAAAGAAUUUUCAUUACACGAAACUAAUACACAAACAAUGGAUAAAGAAUGUACAGACAUAAUUGAAGACGCGUUUAAUCCGAUUAAAUGCACAACAUGGCAAUCAAAGAAGAACUUGGUAGAUAGAAUUGAAGAAGACCACCCUACACACAAAAGCAUAGAGUACAACAUAGAGGAAAAGAAGAGUGUGCUGCCUCCAAUUGGGAAAGGCCUCAAGGAAAAAGGCAAAAGACACAUUCUUCUGAACAGCAUAAAAAUAGACUCUUUCUCCUCUACUCCUGCAGCAGAACCCCUAAAAGACCAGUUCUUUGAAGAGGUCUAUGCGUUUGCAAAGAAAAGAGGCAUCUCCAGCAGCGAAAAUUUAAUAUGCGCAAUUUCGAAGGACCAGGAGGGCAGUCGGUUUAUCCAGAAAAAACUAGAUGGAGCCAGUGCAGAGGAAAUAGCAAUGACCUUUGAGGAGAUCUGUCCAUGGAUAGGAGACUUAAUUGCAGAUCUGUUUGGGAACUAUGUUGUGCAGAAGUUCCUUGAAAUUGGAACACAUGAGCAGCGGGAGAAGAUAUUCUCUGCCAUGGAGGGAACGAUCAUUCCUCUUGCUUUGCACAUGUAUGGCUGCAGAGUUAUCCAAAAGGCCCUUGAGUGUAAGGAUAUAAACAGAAAAAUUGUAGAAAGAAUCAAGGGGCACGUGAUAGAUCUUGUUUGCGACCAGAAUGGAAACCAUGUGGUCCAGAAGUGCGUUGAGUGUGUUGAUUCUGAUUUUGUAAUUAAGGAGUUUGAAGAAGAUGCAGUAUCCCUAAGCCGGCACCGGUAUGGCUGCAGGGUCAUUCAGAGGAUUUUUGAGAACAGCACAAAGUGCGCAAGCGCAAUUGACAAAAUAAUUAGCAAUGCCAAGCUGCUUGUAGAGGACCAGUACGGCAACUAUGUGAUACAGCAUAUAUUAGAGAAAGGGACUCAUGCGCACAAGAGAAAGAUCAUCACAGACCUUUCAGACAACAUAGCAGAGUACAGCACACAUAAAUUUGCAUCAAACGUCAUGGAGAAAUGCGUUAUAUGCGGAACCAUGGAAGACCGAAAGCAUAUGCUCAAGCAGCUCAAGUCAGCUGUUGGUCCCUCAGGCGAGGACAUGCUUAUUCAUAUAACAAUGGACAAGUUCGGAAACUAUGUAAUUCAGAGGCUUCUAGAUGUGCUAACAGGAGCUGACAAAGAGGUUCUAAUGGCGCAUCUUAAAGCAAAUAUCUCGGACUUAAAGAAAAGCUCAUAUGCAAAGUGCAUUAUAUCAAAGCUAGCUCUUCUUGACUCUAAGAGAGAAUAA